AGCUUUCCGCGUUGCUUUUCUUCUGUAGCUGCCUGUAGGGAAGUGAAGAAGAGUGUGUAAUCCAAAUGGCGUUAGAGGGCAGAACGGCGGUGGUGACUGGUGCAGCGCAGGGGAUAGGAAGAAGUAUUUCUGAGAUUCUUCUUAAAAACGGUGCCAAGGUUGCACUGUUGGAUGUCGCUGAAGCUACUGGGACCACCUUGAAGAAGUCCCUGGAUGGGCAAUAUGGACCGGAGCGCACACUGUUCAUCCCCUGUGACGUUCAAUCCCAGCAGCAGUUUAAAGCUGCCCUGCAGAAAGCUGUAGAGACAUUUGGACAUGUUGAUAUUUUCUGCAACAACGCGGGCAUCGCCAAUGAAAAUGAUUGGGAGAAGGCAGUCUCCAUUAAUCUGAUGGGCGUUGUGAGAGGAUCUUACCUGGCUCUGGAACACAUGAACAAACUGAGCGGAGGUCAGGGAGGAGUGAUCAUCAACAUCGCGUCCCUAGCAGGACUUGGUCCAUUUCCAGGUGCACCCGUGUAUACAGCAACCAAACAUGGGGUGGUUGGAUUCACAAGAUCAAUGGCGGCAACCUCCAAGAUGUCAGGCUAUGGUGUACGUUUUAACAUGAUUUGCCCUACCUUCGUUCAAACGGACAUCAUCAAUUCCCUGACUUGCCCGGCAGCUCUUGGACAAUUCGCCCACCUUGCAGAUCCCACCAGAAAAUUAAUGGAACAGCAUGGAGUUUUGGAUGUGUCUCGGGUGAGCGAAGGCUUCCUCCAGCUGCUGUUGGAUGAAACCAAAGAUGGCGAAGCUCUCGUUGUGGUCAGUAAAGGAUCACAGUACUACACGUUUCCAUCAUUAUAAUGGCAUUUCAGAAAAUCAUAGACAUUUAUGAAAUCCUGAACCCCAUUGAAAGAUACGCCUUCUAGAUACCAUCGAUCUUUGUAAUCUUGUGCUCAAACUAUUUAAACUGUACUGAAGCCAAAUCAUGGUCUUAGAUUUGAGGACCAGCAUGCUGCUUUAAUGCUCUUGCAAUCUCUUUCUUUUAUAAGCCGUAUAUUUUACUUUUAAACAAUGUCACACGAGAGGGAGUGCUUCAGUAGAGAUAUUCAGUACAACAGCACAAGUGGGAUAUUGCAGUUGUAGCACGAGUGUGAUAUUACAGUUGUACAUGCACAAUGCAUUUGCUCACAGUAAUAAACAACAUAAAAAGAUUUAAAGAUUUAUCUGCCAACCCAAAAAGUUCAGAAACUGGACUGGGAAUGGGCUGUUGUUAAUAUUUUCCUGCACACAAGCUUGCUACUUUGUCUAGGUCAUACCCGCAUGCCAGCUAUUAUAUAUAAUCUACAUUUGUCUGUAUGGUUCCAUUUAUCUAUUGUGCCUAUUCGUGCCUAUUCAAAUCUAUUGUGAUCCAGCAUAAUCAAACGGUAUGAUUCUUCAUGUUAAUAACAGAAACACAUGUAAAGCAAAGUGAUACCAAGUAUAACCAGCUAAAGUCCUCGUGCUGUUAUACUUGUAUCAGUUCCCAUGGAAGGCCUCUCGUCCAAACAAAUGAAUUUUUCGGAACUAACUGUUGAAAUGAUUAAUUGCUAUUAAUAGCAUUUAACAUUAUCAGUGAUAGUCAUGAAUUGCAAAUUGAAAAGGCCUUAACUUCACCAUAUUUUAAUAAACUAUUUGAUUUCAAAGUAUAUUUGAGAUGUCCAAAUAAUGUGUCCAUCAAGUUACACGAUGGAUAGAUCAGUGUCCCUCAGGCUGGUGGUCGGCUGACCGAGCUGCUGGGCUAGAGUUCAUCAAUUGACAUCUGGGUGGACACUUUUAUUUCACAAGAUGAUACAAUUUAUAUCGGGGUCAUGAAAUAACUGAUUUGCAAAUGACCAACCCGUAUCUCGUUUAUCACCAGCAAUUGUAUCAAGUUUCUCUUGCAAUGUUUAUCCAAACACAUGUUUAUUGUUUUAUUGUCUUGCUUGCUUUGAAUAAACAUACCAGUAUCUCUC